UUUGUGACUUCAAAACGAGGCUUUCAAUAACCCGAACGUUUGAUCUGAUUUUGGAGGAAGUAAGAAAAUUACAUGAUGGUUUUCUAAUGCUGCAAGCUAGUGACCAUGGGCCAGUGUUUGGGCACGGAUUGUGCUGGUUUAUGCCCUAGAUGGUCAUAUAGACAACAAAGUGGCUUUGAUAGAUAUACAAAAUUCGCCCCGAAAAACAACUGGAAAUAUGGUGAUGAGCAUCUUCUGAGUGAGAUCCAGGAUCCCCGCUCUGAUGAUGAGUUUGAUUUCUCAGACAUGAGCAGUGAGCUUUCUCCAAAGAGAAAAAGUCAUGAUUCUCCUCUCAAUAAAAGAAACAAUGAUUACAGCGAGAAUGAUGUCAGAAAACAUCAGCCACAGAAGAAUAGCCUUGCGGCACAGAAGUCACAGUACACCACAGUCACAAUAGAUACUUGAUAUCAUCCUUUCUAUUAUUAUUAUUAUUAUGAUAAUUAGAUUUUAUUAUAGUAUUUAAGCAUUUUGUACCAUAAGAAAUAGCAUGAUAGUUGUAGCGAGUUUUUUAGGCAUGAUGUAUGUUACAUAUAUAUUAUAUAUCGUCUAGAGUAGCCUGCGCAGCGGCUCAAGGGAAGGGGAGGGACCCCUCCCCUUCCCUUGAGCCCGUCCCCUUCCCUUGAGCCGCUACGCAGGCUACGUCUAGAGUUCUCGCUAAACCAUUAAAACCAUAUACUACGAACUGAAAAAAUCGAAUUGAAAAAAAAGGUACUCUGUGACAAUGUUAUCUUGGCUUAUUUCCUUUUUUGCCUAUGAGAGUCUUACUAAAUAGGGAGAGCUUAUUUUUAAAAUCUGAUGUUUGAUAUCUGUUUUUAGUUCUAAGCCAUUUUAAACAUUUUACUGAUUUCUGCAUGUACAAGUAAAGGCAAGCAGUUAUGUAAUUGUGUGGAAGAUUGCAGUCAAUAUUAGUCAAACCAAGCUAUAAUAAUGCUUACAUUUUUGGUUUUCACAUGAGACCUUGGAGUCAAUGAUACCAUAACAGUAUUUCUUACAUAGAUUUGACCUUACAAAUCAUCACUAAGGUAGGUGAGCUUCUCUCCUGAAUUUUCCGAUUUGAUAUUUCAUAAGUUUCAUAUUUUUUUCUUUUUGGGUAACAAGAAUUUUAAACCCCCUAAUCAUAAUGUUACAUGUAUGACAACGUAUUCCUACAGUAAUGGUAAAUACGUGGUAUUCCUCAUUCUCAAAAGUAAAUGUGUUGUUGUUGUGGCAAGGAAAUACGCAAGUUGUACCCUCAAUCUUAACCGAUUUAGCCUGGAAUAAACGUUAUUAUCUUUAAGUUA